UCUAUUGCAGCCUCAUACUCCCUACUUAGCUUGAUUGGUUCCGUGUGCAAAAUGUUCAUAGACUAGGCCGCUCGACGCUGUUUUCCCUGCAUUCGAAUACGGUGGUUAAUUGCAAGAGGAUCCCUCCAAGACCACUAAGUUUUACGAUCCGACCAGGUCGACUAAUUAGAUCAAAAUGCCUUUCAAGCCAGUAGAAAACCCAAAAUGCCCCAAAUGCCAAAAAUCUGUCUACGCUGCUGAAGAACGUGUAGCUGGAGGAUACAAAUUCCACAAAUCAUGUUUCAAAUGUGGUCUGUGCGGAAAGAUGUUGGACUCCACCAAUGUAACAGAGCACGAGGCUGAGCUUUACUGCAAGAACUGCCACGCACGGAAAUACGGACCAAAAGGUUACGGUUUCGGUGGCGGCGCUGGAUGCUUAAGCAUGGACACUGGCUCCCAUCUCCAAGGGGAUGACGUGGUUGUAAACCGUGCCCCGUUACUUCCAAAGGCUAUUGCUAAAGCACCUGAAGGCGAAGGAUGUCCGAAAUGCGGAGGUUACGUUUACGCUGCCGAACAGAUGCUUGCUAGGGGACGUGCGUUCCACAAAUCUUGCUUCAAGUGCGGCGAUUGCUCGAAACGACUGGAUUCUGUUAACGUUACAGAAGGACCGAACAAGGACAUCUACUGUAAAGUUUGCUACGGUAAGAAGUUUGGUCCAAAAGGUUAUGGAUACGGCCAAGGUGGUGGUACCUUGCAGAGCGACACCUUUUCUAUCAGCGGCCAAGCCCCGAGAAACACCGUCAUCGACACGGCUUGCAUCAAGGCUCCCCCAGGCCAGGGAUGUCCCCGUUGUGGCGGAGUCGUCUUCGCCGCAGAGGAAGUCCUCGCCAAGGGACGUCCGUGGCAUCGUAAGUGCUUCAAAUGCCAUGACUGCACCAAAACUUUGGACUCGAUCAUCGCUUGCGACGGACCCGACAGCGACGUCUAUUGCAAAACGUGUUACGGCAAAAAGUGGGGCCCCCACGGCUACGGGUUCGCCUGCGGCAGUGGAUUUCUCCAGACCGACGGGCUAACCGAGGAUGAAAUUUCGCAACAACGUCCGUUUUACAAUCCCGAUACCACUUCCAUUAAAGCACCACCGGGUCAAGGUUGUCCCCGCUGCGGUGGAAUGGUUUUCGCCGCCGAACAGCAGCUGGCUAAGGGAACGAUGUGGCACAAAAAGUGCUUCAACUGCGCCGAAUGCCAUCGCCCGUUGGACUCGGUGCUUGCCUGCGACGGACCCGACAGAGAGAUCCAUUGCCGCGCCUGUUACGGCAAACUGUUCGGGCCCAAGGGCUUCGGUUUCGGUCACACUCCUACCUUGGUGUCCACCGAUGGCGUGGCUCCCGUUAUCCACGAUCCACGUCCCAACAGCGGACCCAAAGCAGCUCCCGGCCAAGGUUGCAGAAGGUGCGGUUACGCUGUGUUCGCCGCCGAGCAAAUGAUCAGCAAGAACGGAAUCUGGCACAAGAGAUGCUUCAGCUGCGCGGACUGUGGCCGUUCCUUAGACUCGACGAACCAAAACGAUGCGCCCAACGGCGAAAUCUUCUGCAGAGGUUGUUACGGACGUCACUUCGGUCCCAAAGGUGUUGGCUUCGGAAUGGGAGCCGGUACCCUCACGAUGGCUUAAAAACGCGAUAAGACACUUACCUUCUGUUAUCUUAAUCAAUUAAACAUUUUGACAGUUGACGCGACGACGCUCACAGCGCCACCACGCGGGAAAUGGUAGCAAUAUUACAGGCCUGACAAUAAUAUCGAUUCAACAAUACGCGAAUUUUUCGCGGGGAGAUGUUGCGGCGUCGUUGAAAAUUGGUUAAGACUGUUAUAUAAAUAAAUAACUGUAUAAUUUAAACAAGGAUAUCCCUGCUUAAUGUAACAAUAAUUUUUAUGAUUAUAUCGCGCAACGUUGUAAGUACUUAUACAAGGUUUAGUGAAGUAAAUUCUUUUUUGAGAUGCUUUAAAACGCAUAUUUUUGAACGGUUUUUUUUUUUCGAUGUAUUUUUAUAAUAUAUACAAUUCCACUUAAUUGUUCGAGUAAGGACGACAUACACGAGAGACAGAGGGAUAAAUAAGACUCAAGAGGUGCUGGUUACCGGAGAUCAGCCUAUAUAAUACGGAAAGACUUACUUUCGAACGACACAGGUCGACCUGAGAAUUUUUUUGGUAUAUAUGUACAUUGACCACUUUGGAUGGUCUAUUCGAACCGCUGCUUGGCGCUUAGCACGCAAAUGGCAACUCUUACAUCGCAGUUAAUUUUACGAUAUUUUUGUCUAGUUAAUGAUUUCUGUUAUAUUCUAAUAAAACCAAUAAAGAUAUCUUUAAAACAAUAA